UGAGUGAAUAAUCAAUGAAUUUGCCGAGUUGUUACAAAAUCAGGUUACAAUCUAUCAAAGUUAUUUUAUUUUUUUACUUUUUUUAAACAUAGAAUGUCAAACACAUGUCUAAUAUUAGCUUUUUUUUUUAAUUUUAUUUACAUAGAUCCACAACAUAGAUGAUAGUACACUAGAAGGAACGUUGAGAAAAGCCUUGCCCGGUGGUUUAAGUAAUCAGUGUAAAAGGAUAAAAAGUGUUAUCAUCAAUGGUUAUAAAUUUGACAUUUUGGAUCGUGAGCGAUAUCGAAAGACACAAAAUUCUGGCGUUAUGUUAGAGGCAGAAGGCCAAGAGUAUUAUGGAAGACUUAAAGCAAUUUUUGAAUUAGAUUAUUAUGGCUCCCACAAGGUUAUAAUGUUUUGUUGUGAUUGGGUUGAUAUAACAAGGGGUUUGAAAAGAUAUCGUAAUGGGAAUGUUUGUGUGAAUUUCUCGAAGUUGACGCACACUGGUCGAAAUUUGCAUGAUGAUCCAUUUAUUUUCUCAUCUCAAGCAAAACAAGUUUUUUAUAUCGAGGAUGAGAUAAAUAAAGGAUGGUUACAUGUUGUUAAGACUAAGCCAAGGGACUUGUUUGAUAUGGGCGAUGAUGAGACUUAGUUUUUUUUUUCCUUUAAUUGUUUAAUGCAUUAUUUUUUUUUUCCUGUUUCAAAACAUUUUGUUAAUGUUGAAAGUAUGAAUAAUAUAUAUUUUCUUCUUUAAUCUAUAUCGGUUUUGAUUAUUUUUCUACUUGAGCAAAGAUUAUUUGUUUUUAUUGUAUUAACAUACUUCUCUACCAGACAUGUACCUUAUCCAUUUUUUUUAAAAAAAUUUAUUUCAUUGAUUGGCAGGUGCAAGGCGUGUUACAUACAGAUCAGAAUAACACUGGUUUCGGUUGAUUGCGUGGUCAGAGGUAUCCAUCUUGCAUAAAUUAGUCAUUUCUAAAAAAAAGAUAAUUGCUUAUAGUAUAAGACUAUUUUGUGAUAUUGAAAUUAACUUUGUUGAACUUUAUGUGUCUGAUGAGAGAUGAAUUGUUUUGGUCCUUUUUCCCCUUUCAAAAAUUGCUUUGAGUCUUCCAUAAUACCUACAAUGCCUUCUCUUACAAUUGCUCUGGUCCUUUUUUCCCCUUUCAAGUUCAUCAAUAUGAGUUAUCGUAGCAAACGAACAAGGGCAGCAACUGCAUCUGAUGCUGUACUAUAUAAGGUUCCAAAAUUUGUAUCAUCACAAUCAUCACAACCACUAAAAAAUCAGCCUAAACCUACAAUGCCUUCUACCUUAGUCCAAAAUUCACGGGGAGCUAAUGGUAGAUGGGGACCAUUUAACCCUCCAAACAUCAUCAACACCCAAGAUCUCCCUUCAUCUUCUACUACUAACACAAGUGCACAACCUCCACCCCAAAAAAACAAUUGUAUAUGGGAGAAACCAAUCAAUGCACCAACUCCUUCAAGCAUCACUAACACUCAAGAUCUCCCUUCAUCUUAUACUACUACACAACCUCUUCCCCAAAAAAGAAAUCAAAUUCGGAAGAAGCAACAUAAUGUACCAAAUUCUUCUAGCAUCACUAACACACAAGACCUCCUUUCAUCUUCUACUACCAACACAAGUGCACACCCUCCACCUCAAAAAAGCAAUCCAAAUCUGGAUAAGGCACUUAAUGCAACUUUCCAUCCAAGCAUAACUAACACUCAUGGAUUCCCUUCAUCUUCUAAACAAAACACCUAUGAUAUUCCCCCUAAAUUUCCACCUUCGAAGCUAUCCAAACCACCUACAUUCCCUUAAACCUCAUAUACCUCUAAUUAACCAUGGGAAGAAGAAAUGCAAGCUGGUCCUACAAAAAAUUCACCCACAGUAAAUAAGGAUAAAGAAAAGCAUGCAUGUGAUGAAACAACAAAGGAGAAAUCCAAAAUAUUCAAGCUUCGAUGUCGCGCAUUGCUUCCCGAAUGGCUUAGUACAAUUGAUUAUGAUGACAAGGAGGAGGUUCUAACCAUUGAUGUUGAGCAAUUAGUUAGUGGUCACAUUCUGCUAAUUGAGGUCUGGAAUAACAAUGGAGUUAAAUAUGUUGGGAACUUUAAUGAGUUAUGUCAACCGAUUCGGAAAGGUGGGCAUAUAUUGGUCCAAUUCCUUGGUAGCAUUGCAAAGGAGGAGAAUUAUUGCCCACUUUCAGAAAAGACUUGGCAUGAGUUAGACCAGUAUUUUAAGGGAGACAUCAUUAAAUUAAUAAGGGAUCGCUUUGUGAUCCCCAAUGAGGAGAAGUAUUACACCCAAGCUCUACAGCGUGUUGAUGAAGUUUGGAGGGGUUAUAAACAUGAUCUUAAGAAGCGGUACUUCAAACCAGCUGAAAAAUCAAUAAGAGAAAUUUGUGAUAAUCCCGCAAAUGGAGUAAGAAAGAAUAAUUGGGUCAAUUUGGUCAAGUACUGGAACUCUGAGAAAGGGAAAGAAUUGUCUAAGAUCGGAAAAGAAGCACGAGCAUCUCUAAUCCAAAUUCAUUAUUUUGGUGGUACAAGUUUUGCAAAUAGACGUGCUGAUUAUGAAGAUGAGCACGGAGAAGAAAUGAGCCUAUAUGAACUUUGGCAUUCAUGUUAUAGAAGGAAGGAUGGGACGUUUUUUUGAAGGCACGGAUCAGAAGAGUUUUUGGUAUUAAUUCUUCCUGUUUGUUUAGCUUCUAGUUUUAGUUCAUUUUACUAGCAUCAUGUAUUUUUUGAAUUUGUUUUGUAAGAAGAUGUUAAGGCUAAGGCUGAAAGCUUAAAGCUAGUAGAUCCUUCUGGUUCUAAGUCGCGUAUAGACAUAGAGAAUGAGGCUUUUGAGGCUACACUAUAUGCUGGCCAAAUUCCAUAAAAACCACUAGCCUAUGGAUUUAGAGUUCGAAAAGGAGACAUUCAUGGUGUGCGUGGUGUACUUAGAAAAGAAGGGAUUGGGAAAAGAACAAGAGUGGUAGAAAUGGACAACAUGACAGUGGAGGUAUCAAGUUUGAAGGAAGAAAAUAAGGAACUUCAUAAGCAAAAUGAAGAGAUAAAAGAAAAGUGUGAUGAGAAUACAAAGCUACUCAAGACAAUGACAACACUAUUUUCACAGGUUUUAGAAUCGUUUCGUAGUGGAGAAGGUUCGUCACAAGUUUUAGAUGCUGCACAACUAGCCUUACGUAUGGCUAACCCUCGGGUAAUAUAGUGAAUUCAUUCCUCCCUUCCUUGUUCAUAUGACUUUAGCUAUCAAAGUUUAUUGUUUUUACUUUGGUGUUGUGAAUUCGUUGCCACAAAUUCACUAUCAUUUUCUUGUUGUUAGUGUUGUACUUAUUUCAAUUGGUUAGGCACUUAAUAAAAUAAAGCAAAGAGAAGUAGUAUAUCCUUGGGACAGUGAGUAGGAGGUGAAUAGGUGAGGCAUUUUCUGUAAUGCAGAUCAUUAGGUUAGAUCAUCAGGGAGCAGGGGGUAGAAUAGACGAGGCAGUUGAGCUCAUAAAUGUGAUUUGGGGCUUCCUAAUUGGAAGAUAAAUAUGAUAAUCAUAUCACUACAUUAUAGUUGGUUAAUUCUAAACAUUGAGAUCUGAAAAUAGUUUGGUAUAAAUGCAUUGAACAGAAAACAAAAAACAAGAAGCUGAGAAUAGUUGGUCACAUGACUCUUGUUAUUAUCCCAGUUUGUGUCUAGAAUUUGUAUGCUUCAGUAGGGUUUGGGGGUUGGGUUAUACUGCUAGAUGGCUUCCACCACUUGUCGGAGCUAUUUAAGUGAUUAUAGAUGCAGGCUUUAGUACUUAAUAAAAUAAAGCAGGGAGUGGUAGUAUAUGCUUGGGACAGUGAGUAAGAGGUGGAAUAGGUAAGGCAUUUUCUAUAAUGUAAAUCAUCAGGUUAGAUCAUCAGGGAGCAGGGGGCGUAGAGUAGACGAGGCAGUUGAGCUUAUAAAUGUGAUUUGGGGCUUCCUAAUUAUAAGAUAAAUAUGAUAAUCAUAUCACUACAUUAUAGUUGGUUAAUUCUAAACAUUGAGAUCUGAAAAUAGUUUGGUAUAAAUGCAUUGAACAGAAACAAAAAACAAGAAGCUGAGAAUAGUUGGUCACAUGACUUGUUAUUAUCCCAGUUUGUGCCUAGAAUUUGUAUGCUUCAAUAGGGUUUGGGGGUUGGGUUCCACUGCUAGAUGGCUUCCACCGCUUGUAGGAGCUAUGAAAGUGAUUGUAGAUGCGGGCUUUAUUGGGGAGUUGCGUUGUAGUUUGGUAACUAUUGUGAGGGACGAGGAAGGGGUUUUCAAGGCAGCAGGGGUGUAGUAGAGUAUUGCUAAUUGGGAGGUAAGGGUGGCAGAAGCAAAAGUUGUGAUGUGUAGGCUUUGGCUUGCUGCACACCUGAGGGUGCGAGAGGUAAUCAUUGAGAGUUAUUGUUUUGUAAAUAAUUUGAGAGCGGUUGUUUUGAGAGUGACUAUUUUGCUACAAACCUGGGGAAACUGUCUUAAUUAUUUUUGCAAAACCAAAGUAAUCAGGUUUGAUAUAUCCUAGUAGUUGGUUCUAGGAAUUUAUUUCAAGUAAUAUCUGAUUCAUAACUAU